AUAAAUUGCAAAAAGAACAAGAGCAGAAAGUGACACUGGAGGCAACAAUCAGCCAUUUGCAGAACGUGAUCCACAACCAGAAUAACCAACAGAGGGGCCAGGAGGUGACGGUGCAAAGGACAGACCAGGUUUCCACCACACAGACCCCACCUCUCACUCCUGCCAAGGAGAAACAAAACGCUCUGUCAGAGCACCCCGAGGAGGAGGAGGAGGAGGAGGGAACAGAAAGUCUGAAGGAUGAGAUGCAGAAAAGGACAUCCCAGCUCACAGCGAAGGAGAACGAGGUACCCGAGGAUGCUCAGCAGAGCCGUGCCCAGCUGCGGGCGAGGCGCUGCAGCCACUGCAGCAGCCCAGCAGCCCUGGGGGCACACAGAGCCCAGGGGACCCCUCCUGCUGAGAGCCCCUCGCUGUGCCUGCAGUGCUCGGAGCUGCGCUCGGAGCUGGAGGCGCUGAGCCAGGAGUACCAGUGGUGCCUGACCCGGCUGCGGCAGUGCCGCGACGAGCUGAACCGCUCCCAGGGCAGCCAGGCUCAGAAACAGCGCAGCCCCUGGACCCCUCUCCUGGUGGCAGUGGCAGCAGUGGCCAUCGCCGCCUUCCUGGCAACGUACAGCCUGUGAAGGAGCUCCCUGAUGACUGACUUCACUGCAGGAACUGACCUCUGCUUCACCAAGAGCAACCUGACCUGACCUGACCUCACCUUCUGCUGUUUUGUGUGUGCACAUUGGGUUUGUACCCCGAGCUGGUGUCACUCCAGCCAGCUCCUGUGAACACAAGGACAUCACCCCUUCCCUUGGCUGCUGGUGUCACUCUAUCCUGAGCUGGUGUCACUCCAGCCAGCUCCUGUGAGCACGGGGACAUCGCCCCUUCCCUUGGCUGCUGUGGUUGCUCUGUUACUGCCAAAGGCUGCCCUGCCCAGCCCUGAAGAUCCAAGGGACAAAGCCCCUGUCAGGACGAGAGGGACAGGGCAUCCUGUGCCUGUGCCAUCCAGCCUGCAUGGGGUUUAUAUCCCCGAGUUCCCCUCCUGUAUUUAUUGCCUCCCUAAAAGGGAGGUACUCGAUCCUGGGCCAUCUCUACUUUUACCUGACAAAGGAACCCAGCUCAGGGGGGCUCCUCAGCACAGUCCCCUCACACCCACUGCUCCAUCCCACUCCUCCAGCCUCCCUUGUGGCCAAGCAUCCCCACAGCCACACCUGCUUCCCAUCACUGCCAGCACCACAAGAAUUCAUCAGGGACAGGGGUUUAAAGUCCCUUUUGCAGCUCCACCGUGCAGGUUUUACAGCAGAACGUGCCCAUCAUUCAUGUGCAGGCUCAGACACAAUGACAUCACCUCCCAUGGAAGUAAAUAUACCUGAAAUAUACACGUAAUGUACACGUAGUACAUGGAGCCUACAAUAAACUUCACUAAUUCAAAGCA